AAGAGGGAGAAUUCCACAGAAGGUAGCCCGGAAGUAGAUGGUUGCAUGUCUUGCUAGCAGCAACAGCUGGUCUGUUUACUACACCGACAGUGCAAGGAAAACCUGUCAACAGUUGGGCGAUAUAGCGAGCUAUGACAGUAAAACAACAUUGACUGUUGGACGUGCAUUUUCUCUGUGCGUCCACGAUCGGUUUGCUGUCUUGAAACGGGGCCUUAGGAUGGCGGUGUGGAUCCAGGCCCAACAGCUGCAGGGGGAAGCCUUGCACCAGAUGCAGUCUCUCUACGGCCAGCAUUUCCCCAUAGAGGUCCGCCACUACCUUGCCCAGUGGAUUGAAAGCCAACUCUGGGACUCUGUGGAGCUGGAGAACCCUCAGGAAGAGCUUAAGGCCAAGCGUCUGUUAGACAGCCUGGUUCAGGAACUGCAGAGGAAGGCCGAACACCAGGUAGGAGAGGAUGGCUUCCUGCUCAAGAUCAAACUGGGACACUACGCCAACCAGUUCAAGAGCACAUACGACCGCUGUCCUUUGGAACUGGUGCGCUGUAUCAAGCACAUCCUCCACUCGGAGCAGAGACUGGUGCAAGAAGCUACUAAUGCAAACUGUGCAGGAGGCGGGGCCAUGGACAGCCUAUCACAGCGUCACCAGCAAAUCAACCAGGCGUUUGAAGAGCUGCGGGUGUCCUCGCAGGAGACGGAGAACGAGCUGCGGAAGCUGCAAAACAACCAGGAGUACUUUAUCAUCCAGUACCAGGAGAACCUGCGCAUCCAGGCCCAAAUAAGCAGUCUGGCGUCCCUGCCUCCAGCUGAGAGAACCCAGAGAGAGACCACCCUUCAGAGCAAGAGAGCCACUGUGGAAGCCUGGCUUACCCGAGAGGCCAACACCCUGCAGAAAUACAGACUGGACCUGGCAGAGAAGCACCAGCAGAGCCUGACCCUGCUGAGGAAACAGCAGACGUUGAUCCUGGACGAGGAGUUGAUCCAGUGGAAAAGACGCCAGCAGCUGGCAGGCAACGGGGGGCCACCUGAAGGAGGCUUGGAUGUACUGCAGUCCUGGUGUGAGAAGCUGGCUGACCUGAUAUGGCAGAACCGCCAGCAGCUCAGGAGGGCUGAGCACCUGACUCAGCAGCUGCCUCUGCCUGGCCCCAUCGAAGAGCUCCUCACCAAGCUCAAUGGGGACAUCACAGACAUCAUAUCUGCUCUGGUCACCAGCACAUUCAUCAUUGAGAAGCAGCCUCCACAAGUGCUGAAGACUCAAACUAAGUUUGCCGCCACGGUGCGUCUGCUGGUGGGCGGAAAGCUCAACGUCCACAUGAACCCUCCCCAGGUCAAGGCAGUGAUUGUCAGCGAGCAGCAGGCCAAAGCUCUUCUCAAGAAUGAGAGCACCAGGAAUGAUAGCAGUGGAGAAAUCCUCAACAACAACUGUGUAAUGGAGUACCACCAGACCACUGGAACCCUCAGCGCACACUUCAGGAACAUGUCCCUGAAGAGGAUAAAGCGGUCUGACCGUCGUGGUACGGAGUCAGUCACAGAGGAGAAAUUCACUGUCCUGUUUGAGUCACAAUUCAGCGUUGGGGGCAAUGAGCUUGUGUUUCAUGUGAAGACAUUAUCGCUCCCCGUGGUGGUUAUUGUUCAUGGUAGUCAAGACAACAACGCCACGGCAACAGUCCUCUGGGACAAUGCGUUUGCCGAACCAGGCAGAGUCCCCUUUAUAGUACCGGACAAGGUGCUGUGGCCCCAGCUGUGUGAAGCACUAGACAUGAAAUAUAAGGCGGAAAUGCACAGUGCACGUGGUCUUUCAGAGGACAACCUGGUGUUCCUGGGGCAGAAGGCCUUCAGCAGCACCAGCAACAACCUUGAGGACUACCGCAGCAUGACCAUGUCCUGGGCGCAGUUCAACCGGGAGAGCUUGCCUGGACGAAACUUCACCUUCUGGCAGUGGUUUGAUGGAGUCAUGGAGCUCAUGAAGAAACAUCUGAAGCCUCAUUGGAAUGACGGGGCAAUCCUGGGCUUUGUGAACAAGCAGCAAGCCCAGGAUAUGCUGAUGUCCAAACCAAACGGCACCUUCCUACUGCGUUUCAGUGAUUCUGAGAUAGGAGGUAUCACUAUUGCCUGGGUAGCAGAAAACCCUAACAAAGCAGGGGAGCGGUUGGUGUGGAACCUUAUGCCCUACACCACCAAGGACUUCUCCAUACGCUCUCUCGCUGACCGCAUAAGUGACCUCAACCACCUUCUGUACCUCUACCCUGAUAGGGCCAAGGAUGAGGUCUUCUCGAAGUACUACACCCCUCCCCUCUCAAAAGCAGUGGACGGCUAUGUUAAACCACAGAUCAAGCAAGUUGUGCCAGAGUUUACCACACCUACCGAGCCCCCUGGUGGAAAUCCAACAUACAUGGACCAGGCAGCUUCCCCUUCUGUGGGACCUCCCAGCAACUUUGGCAUCUACCCUUCUAUAAAUGACCCGAUGCUGGAUGCUGAUGGUGAGUUUGACCUGGAGGACAGCAUGGAUGUGGCUCGACACGUAGAGGAACUCCUGAGACGACCAAUGGCUGAUCAGUGGAGCAGCCAGCAGUCGUGACCAUUAAACCCCUGACCUUUUAACCCUCUAAACCUGCACCCUAAUAAGAGCCAAUCACCCGUAAAUAACUGUUGUUUAAACCAAAGGUUUAGAUUUACGGAUUGACAACUUUAGUCCUGGAAAAUCAUGCUCAGACCUUAUUCUCAUCAACCUAAGUUAAGUAAUACCAGCAUUUUACUAAACCAGGUCAAAUUUGAUUGCAGAGUUUUGCUCUAAAUGUAAACAUGGUUUGGUUUUCCAAUAACACAUUUAGAAUACAUAAACAAUCCAAAUGAAGUUAUAAUUAAGGUUAGCUAUUUGUGUCUUACCUUAUAUCUUUAUCAGCUUAUAUAGUAGCCAACAGCGUUAUGUAUUUUAAUGUGCAGCUAACUCAUUUAGUUAAAUUAAAUUACACAGCAUUUACCACACUUUUCAAAAGGUAAGUGAGAACACGUAUUGUGUGUUGUGGUAGCCUGGCAUCAAGACAGCUGCUCCUGGUUAGUUGUGGGCUGGAUGUGCAAAUAUCAAACUUCUUAGGUUCGGACUGAUUUUUUACAAAACAGAGAAAGAUUAUAAUUAGCUCAACAAAAGUAGUAAAUACUUUAAAUAAACAUGUUGCCCUCCAGCAACUCCAUGGCCCCUUGAUUUAUAUUGUUUUUGUGAAGUGUUCUCUGUCAAUGUGACAAAUAGAUACUAAUACAAAUAUUCUGACAAAAUAUGUUGUACCUGAUAAAGAAUAUACAGCAAAUAAAAUAAAUAGAACAGUAAGGUAAGGGGAAACUGCAGUACUGAGAAAAAUAUAGAUGUAAAGGUCAUAUUGUUACUGCAAAACUUAAUAAGCAUAUUAAGCUUUAUAUUUGCUACUCUGGCCUUCAUCUUGAUUAUGGCUAAAUUAUUAUGUCAAACCAGCAUUCAUUUAUUUGCUUGCUAUAACAAUUCUUGGGUAAUAUUUUGGCGUUGACAAAAUGUGGCUUACUUUGUAACAGGACAAAAUAGCACAAUCCAAUUCUACUAUUGGGUCAGUAUUAAGAAUGUAAUCGCCCACUUUUUGUAUAAAUACAAUUAAGGGAUUUAAAAACUUAGCCGCUAAUUAUUACAUUUAAUAUUUUUUAAUUCACAUGACCCUUGAUAUAAAAAGCUAUGCUAAAUGUGUACUCUACAUUAUAUGCCUUGUAUGUGUAUAGUCUGCCUUGAAUGUGGAUUUAACUAGCUUCCCCAAAAAAGUCCUUACAGUUAAUACCUCUGCUUCUUACCACACUAAACUUGCAUCGGUUACUGCCUUUUACACUUGUUCAUUCAAAAAAAGAAUCAUCAGACAAGUAAUUCUCUACAACAACAAAAAACUGCUCAGAGAUAAUAAUGGGAACUGACCCAGCUAUCCACAACCUUUAUUCUGGUAUGCACCCAUCAUCUUGUAUUGAAGACUUAAGUCAGCCUUAAAGUUUAUUGCAUUCUCAACCUGUGCCUUAAGACAGUAUUGAUUGUCAAGGGGCAACACUAAUAUACCAAGCUAGAGAUUAUAAAUCAUGCUCUGCAGUAAUCUCUUGUUGGAUUAAAACAAAUAACCAGUAUCUUGCCCUUCAAGUCAUAUCCACCUUGUCAAUCAUUAUUGGCUCCUAUCUAUCAGUCUCAGGAAAAUCUGUAUUUAGUUAACCCCAGCACAGCACUAGUUAGUGACUACCAACAAGGUAGUGAAUUACAGUUAUUACCAAUAUUUUAAUUUGUAUUUUAAAUGGAAACAGAACAAAAAGUUUUCUAAGAAAUGCACAACUGGUUUCAUUGCUAUUGACAAUUUAUCAUAUUGGUCUUGUUGAGAUAUUUCACAGGUAGGGUACUUUAUGGGUUUCUCUUUCUGUGAACAUUUAUCUCAAAUCUUUGUGUCUUAUAUUUUGUGUGAUCUUAUUGUUUUUAUUCUGAAGAGCUGUUAGAAAUUGUCCCUUGUUUGAUCUCGUUACAUGUUACUUAUACAGUUCAUUCAUGUUUGGGGAGGGGGUAAUGGAAUUAAACAUUUUCUAAAAAAUAUAUAUAUAUAUA